UUCCUCUUUGCUCUUUUCUUUCAACUACUGUUCUUUCCUACACUGAUAUUUUUAUCUCCUUCAAGUUAGGGUUUUUGAGUUUUGACUCUUUUCUCUCUUUAAUUUUUCUUUUUCAAUUAUGUACCAGCUCUACUAUGUUCUUUAUGAUACAGCUUUGACUAAGAGAAUGCAGAUCUGAAUCGAUUGGUAGUCGGUAAGAUUUCUAUUGCUGGAUUCGUUUAUUAGCUCAAAGCUCUGAAUGGGUUGGUUUUUCCUUGAUGAGUACAUGUCAGUUUUGUUGGAUUGAAGGCUGACACUGAUUUGACAUCGACUACCUGGAUAUAUCAUAUGGAUGACAGUGGACAUCGCGAUAAUGGUAGGCAUAAACCGCCUCAGGGUCAGUGGUUGAUGCAGCAUCAGCCAUCAAUGAAGCAGAUAAUGGCCAUCAUGGCAGAAAGAGAUGCUGCCAUACAAGAAAGAAAUCUGGCCCUUUCGGAAAAAAAGGCUGCCUUGGCGGAGCGUGACAUGGCUAUCCUGCAGCGAGAUUCCGCACUAGCAGAACGAAAUAAUGCCAUCAUGGAGCGGGAUAACGCCAUUGCUACUCUUCAGUAUCGAGAAAACUCGAUGAAUGGCAGUCAGAUUAAUGCCCGUGGAGUGAAACACAUGCACCAUCCUCAACAACAUGUACAUCAUCAGCCACAUAUGGGAGAACCAACCUAUAUGAAUGAAGCCAUACCAGUUUCGCCACCUGCUCCGGAGCCCACAAAGCCCCGUCGGAACAAAAGAGCUAAGGAGCCAAAGGCAGCGACAGGUCCCAAGAAGAUUCCAAAAGCAUCCAAGAAAGUGAAAAGGGAAACCGAAGAUCUUAACCAAACAUCAUUCGGCAAAUCUCAGGAGUGGAAGGGUGCACAAGAAAUGGGCAGUGCAAGCGAUGAUGUGUCAAAACCGGAUUGGAAGGAUCAGGACCUCGGGCUCAACCAAGUUUCUUUCGAUGAAACAACCAUGCCAGUUCCAGUUUGUUCCUGCACCGGAGUUUUAAGACCUUGCUAUAAAUGGGGAAAUGGAGGCUGGCAAUCCUCCUGUUGCACGACCAAUUUGUCGAUGUAUCCACUACCAGCUGUCCCAAACAAGCGACAUGCCCGAAUUGGUGGUCGAAAAAUGAGCGGAGGUGCAUUCACCAAGCUGCUUAGUCGCCUUGCAGGAGAAGGCCAUGAUUUAUCAAAUCCAGUUGAUCUUAAGAACCACUGGGCAAAACAUGGGACAAACCGCUACAUCACCAUCAAAUAAUUGCUUCGAAGUCUUCAAUCUAGGACGGUACUUGCGUCAUUUACAUAUUAUGUCCCCGUUAGUUCAUCACAUUUCUUUAGCCCCUAUGUAAGUUUGUCGUCAUCCUAAAGUGUCAGUUGUUUAAAUCAUCACCUGGAUUCGGAGUUGGAUCAACGGGAGAUAACUGUAAAGACAAAGCACUGUAUUCAGGGCACUUUCUGUUGCAGCAACGUUGAUUGUUAAUUUAUUGAAUAUUUAGUAUGAUGGCUAUAUAAGAUGCUUGGCUCUGUUUAUAGUAA